AUGCCAUCCAUAAUUCCACUCACGGUGCUGUGGAUACUGGCCAUCCAGGUCCUCGGCAAGGCAGUGAAUAGGUCUGCCCUCCUACAAAUUCCCAAUAAACCGCGAGUCUUCAUUUUAUCAGACAUCUCCAAUGAGCCCGAUGACCAGGAAUCAUUGACUAGAUAUCUGCUAUAUUCCAAUCAAUUCAAGACAGAGGGUAUUUGUGCUGUGACCUCGACUUGGCUUCAAGAUGAAGUUCACCCAGAAGCUAUGCUGGCUGUUAUUGAUGCUUAUGGAAAUGUAACGCAUAAUCUUAAUCAACAUGCUCCCCUUGAUGCACCCUAUCCAUCUGGUGCGCACAUGCGCAGUCUGGUACGGAAAGGUGCCGCUACAUACGGCAUGAAAGCAGUUGGCAAGGAUAUCCCCCUCAGCGACGGAGGCAAGCUCCUCUACAACCGCCUCCAAGAUAAAACCGAUGAACCACUCUGGGUCCUCGCCUGGGGCGGCACAAACGUCCUAGCCCAAGUCCUCUACGAAAUCCACAACGAAUUCUCCGCGACAGACGCAAAAUCCAUAAGAUCCAAACUCCGUGUCUACGCAGUCUCCGACCAAGACGACACAGGCGCCUGGAUCCGCCAACAAUACCCGGACAUCUUCUACAUCUCUUCUACGCACGGCUGGAACCAAUACGGUCUAGCCGCAUGGACCGGUAUAUCAGGAGACAAAUACUAUGACAAAGGCGGACCCGACUUCUCAAAAGUAACGCACGACUGGCUUCGCGACAAUAUCCAGAUCGGAUCGUACGGCAAGACGGCGUACCCGAAUUAUGAGUAUAUCAUGGAAGGCGAUACUCCCACCUUCUUGUAUCUCAUUCAGAAUGGUCUUGGUGUUCGCGAGCAUCCGGACUAUGGGUCUUGGGGUGGGCGGUAUAUGAAAGUCACGCCGUCGACUGUGCUGGAUUUCAAUCAUUAUGCUGAUGCGGCUGAUCGCGUUGUUGGAGCUAAUAAUAAGACGUUUGUCUCUAACCAGGCGACUAUCUGGAGAUGGAGGAAUGCUUUUCAGAAUGAUUUUGCGGCGAGGAUGCAGUGGUCUUUACCGGUAAAUGUUAGUAGGGCAAAUCACCAACCGGUUAUCUCGAUUAAUGGGAGUGUGGGUCUUGAGCCUUUGAGGAUUAGGGCUGAGGUUGGGUCGAUUGUGAAUUUGGAUGCGGCGGCGACAAUGGAUCCGGAUGGAGAUGUGUUGGCCUUUCGGUGGUUUCAAUAUAAGGAGCCUGGAUCGGAUGAUUGGAAUGUUGCGGGUCAGGUUCCUGAGCUGAAUUUCACGGUGUCACACGGAGGUAGGAGGGCGCAGGUGCAGAUCCCUGAUGAGAAGUUGAGCUGUGAUGGAGAGGGUUUCAAUCCGUCUGGAUGUUGGUUGCUUCAUUUUAUUCUAGAGGUGACAGAUGAUGGUUAUCAUCCAUUGACGAGCUACAGGCGGGUGUUAUUGCAGACAACUAAUGCUACUAUGUCGGCUUGA